UAAGUGGAAACUAGUCGCAUUGGCAACAUCGUCACGUGACCUCCCAUGGCAACCGGUGAGUGUCAUCAGUUCCGCUCUCAAGAGCAGCCCCCGUGCGACUCAACAGAAAAUACACUGACUCACUUUAUAACAACUCUGCUGAUUCAAAUUGACUUUAUUUUGGCCCAGGAGUCCUCCAGCAAGACCACGGCCCUUCUUACCUGAAAUAUUGGGGCGACAUUAAAGAGAGUUCGAGCGAAAAAAAUAUGAGUCAUCUCAACCCAGGACUUCUUUCAGCCUACAACAGUCUCAAAGACAAACAUCUGGCUGGAUACUUCAGCAACACUCGGAUCAGGAGACACCUGCAGAGAGCUGGACUGAUCACCAGGAGUGGGCGUAUUGUUCCAGACAAGGAAUACAGACACAAGCUGAUCCAGAAAGCCCACCAGAGACACAUUCGAGAAUGCCUGGCCCAGGCCAUUUUCCACAAGGUGCUAGAGAUGGAGCGUGUCCAUCAAAUAGAGAUCAAAAGGAAACUGGAGGAGUUUUCAAGAAGGGAAAGAGUACAUAAGAUCAAAGUGGAGCGCUCUAAAAGGUUUGAAGAAGACAUCAUCCGUAUUCUGUCUCCACGUCCACCCACGGGGGCGAGGGGUAUCCAAAAACAACACUCUGGGCCGGAGGGUGACAACUCUGAAUCCUCGGAGUCCCCGGGCUCGUCUCGACCCAACACGGCUCCGGGGACGAUGCAGAGGCCGGUGCGUCUGAAGCCGAUCCACAGUAACAACACCACAGCUUCGCUCAGACGCAGCUCCCCUUACAGACUCCCCGAGUCCUCCAAGGAGAACGACCAGCUGCUUAACUGCACUAUGGACAAAGACUCCCGGAGACGUUUGACCACAAUGGAGCCCUACCGUGGUAUCUCACCCUACUGCCUCCCAGUCAUCAACAACUUUGUCACCCCGGUGCCUCCAGCCACAAAGAGGAAAGACAGGGUGUCAAAGGUCCCUCUCAGCAGCACGCUCAGAGGCCGCAGACUGCGUCCUACCACCGACUCCAGUGGAGCUGACCUCAUUGAGGACACCCCCAUGCUGAGGAGUUCUGUGCACCAGAGCCGAGUGUGUGUGAACAUGAUUUACUUUGGCAAAACAGUGCAUCUCUCCCACGACGUGACCGACAUGAGGGAUGAGGUCAAAGUGUUUCAGCAACACUGUGGAGGAGAGAACCUGUGUGUUUUCAAGGGAAAGCUCCACGAGGGAGAGACUUUCCAGUUCAUUUCAAGGCGACACCGAGGUUUCCCCUUCAGCUUGACUUUCUUCCUGAACGGGCUCCAGGUGGAGCGCCUGAGCUCCUGCUGCGAGUUCAAACACAGAAAGGGCCCCAGACUCGGUGGCAGGCACGGACACUUUGGCUUCUGCGGUGUAGAGGGGGCCUCUCCCUGCUACAAGUGCAUCAUAGCAAUGGGACUGGACAAGAAGCCCACCCCUCCACCAAAGAGGGUCAAAGAGCAUGGAGGAAGAGAAGAGGCAGUCUUAAGCCCAAAGGAUGGUGCUGAGAUGGAGACAGAGAGGACUGGAGACAAUGCUUCAUCCCACUCUGAAUAUAAAACCAGCCAACCACAGGACGUAAAGACUCAAGUCAAAAAAGAAACCGCUGAUGAGGACAAAGUCAGAGAUGAUUAUGAGGAAGACUUUGAAGCAGAUGACGAGGGCCCUGCAGACGAUGACAGGGCAAAAGAAAAGAAAUCCUCGUCUCCAUCCCGUGGAACUCAAAGGCAGGUUAAAGAGGAGAGUGACGCCUCUGAGACUGAAGACGACGAGAAUGAUGAGGACAUGAAGUCUCGUUCAGGAUCCAGCUUCUCAGGCACCGAGCAGGAGGAGAGUGAUGCGGAAGCCACCAAAGACUCCCGAGAAGACGAGAAAGCAGAGCCACCUAUAGAGGUCGAUCAAGAGGAAACUACCGUUCUACCAGAUGAAAAAAACGAUGAACCAAAUCAAGAAGAAGCCGCUGAGGCGCCAAAAGACUCCGAGGUACAGGGCAGUGCGGGGGACAGCCCAGAGAUAGACAACAGCAUCUCCUCAGGGAAUGAGAAUAAACAGAGUGACAACACCUUAGAAGAGAAAGAGGUGGAGAAAACGCUAGAUGAGAGCAAACAGGAGUUGGAACAGGCGAGGGCCAAAUCUGUGCAGGAGAAGCUGGCAGAAGCCAUACUGAAGGAGUCCGAGUGCAACUCCGAGCCCGAACUGAGCGACACCAGCACUGAGGAGGAGGAGUCCAUCGAGAAAUGCCCUAAUCAAUACAGUAUUGAUGCAGAACAGAAACACACACUUGUAAAGGAAACAAAAUGUGAGGAAGCUGUUUGUGAAGAUGAAGUGGUACAGCAUCAUGAAGAGAUGUCUGAACCAAGAGGACAGGAUGACGAAACUCAACAAGUAUCCCAAGACAAGAAGGUGGAAAUAGAAGAUGGUGAUGAAAAGACGGCAUCAAAAGAAGACAAAAAAACAGACAAUGAUAAAUCAGAGAAUACCGAAGAUACAGGUGCAGCUCUGCAUCCUGUAUCCGAACAGGAAAUGGCUGAUGGUGACAAGACUUUAGAACAUCAAGAAGAUGCAGCAACUAAAUCUGCUGAUGGUGAGACUGCAGAGGAAGACAAAGGAAGCGAGGAGAAAACUGCAGCGGAGGUCGACACGCAGCCUGGGGAGACUGGGCGAGGGGCAAAAAGCAGCGAGGAGGAUGAGUCAUCGAUAUCGGAGCUGAAUAAAAACCCUGAUGAGACAGCAUCCCCAGAUGAUGCGGAGGCAGAGGCGAUGACAGCGAGGGAGACAAUGGAGAUGAAAGCAGAGCCCUCAGAGGAGCAAGAGACCCUCAACUGUGAAGAGGCACCUGUAACCGACACAGAAAAGAGGCAGCAGAAAGACAGCAAGGACAGUGACGCAGGUUCAGAGACAGAAGUCACAGCAGAGAAUUCAAGCAGCUCGCUGGAGGGGAGCGGAGACACCACCGUUGAAAAAACAGCAGAUAUAAGUGAGGAAAAUGCAAAAGAUGAGAGCAGUAAAGAUGGUGUUGAAGAAGAGGAAGUGUCAGCAGUAGAGGCCAGUAAGGAUGACAAUCCACAAGAAAAGGAUAAUCUGGGCAAAGAGGAGACAGACAAAUCACCUGUGGAAAUAGAGGAUAAGGUAGAAGAGAAAUGUGAAGAGGAAGGUCAGGAGAAAGAAAAACAAACUAAUCUAGAUGAUAUAACAGAAGGUGAAAAUAGAGAGGAAAGUGAAAAGGAUGAUAAAAAUAAGACCGAAGAGGAAGAGAAUGAGAGUAAGACAGCAGAAAGUAUGGAAAACAAGGACAGCAAUUCAGAGUUGACUAAAAGUGGCUUCAACACUGAAGGAAAGGCAAAUGAAGAACAAGAUGAGAAAACCCACAGUGAAGAAGAUAAUGUUGCAAAGGUAGAGAAGGCAGAUGAGUCAGAUAAGACAGAGAGAGACAAAGAUAGCGUUGGUAAUAAAAAUGAUGAGCAACAAUCUGAAGAAAACGGAGCCGCAACUGAUGAAACUAAUGAGGUGGAAACGGCAGCUGAUGGAAAAAAGGAUGAUGAAUUCGAAAAGGAAGAGAAAGAUCAGAAUGAGGACAUUGCAAAGAAUGAAGGUGAUGAAGAAUCUCAAGAGAGAAAAGUUGAUGAGACUGUAGGGGGAGAAGAAAUAUCUGAGAUAACAGAGGAAUCUGAGAAAAGUGCAGAUGCAAACUUAGUUAAAGACGUGAAAAUACCUGAUGAAAAUAUGUUUGAGUCAGAGGAUGUUGCUGACAGUGAACCAGCAGAUGUAGCACAAGGGACUAAAACGGCUGAAGAGACGCCAAGCGACGUGAUGGAGGCUGAAGAUGUUGAGAAAGAAACCAAAGGAGGAAGUGACAACAGUGAAAAGGGAGAAGUUGAUGUUGAAAAUGGAGAGAUUUCUACCGUAGCAGCGAGCAAAACGUGUGAGGAUGAGGGAGAGGCUCAAACCGAGGGCAAAGAUGACGGGAUGACAGCAGAUAAUACCAAUGACGAGAGAACAGAGGAGCCAGCAGCGGGAGAGAGCACAGAGGUAAAAGAAGUGACUGAUGAAUCCACUGAAAAUAACUCUGAGCCAGAGACAGCUGUUAGGGAAUUAAAAGAGGAAUUUAAAUUAGAGGAUGGGGAAGAAAUCGAACAAGAUGAAAAAGUAAACCUGUCUGACCCUGAUCGUGAAAACGGAGAAUCAGAUUUGAUUAAAAAGAGUGACGACAUCCAGAGUAAUGCCAGUGAGGUGAUAAUUGCUUCUUCAGGGGAUCAGGCACAAUCUUUAACACCCGAAGUUGUGAAUUCAGACGAUACAGCUCACAAGUUAGACGAUUCCACUGCACCAUCUGACGCUGAGACUGACAAACACCCACACGUUGAUGAAAAUGCUGCUGCUGCUGCUGCUGCGCUCUCUGUUGCCGAUGGAGAAAACGGAGCAGACACUGAGGAGGCGAGCAAGGCCUCUGAGGAAGGAGCGAGUGUGCUCCUCAAACCUCACGCGCAGGCGUCACAGCUCACGCAAAUCAAUGGUAACACAGAAGAGAGCGCUGCAGUAGGUACAGCAACUCCAGAGGCCUUAGCGAGAGAAGACAACAGAGAUCUGGUCACAAACUGGAUAACCAUGCAUCAAACGUCAAAGUAUUUUGAGACGUUUGUCGAGCCUUUAGAAGACUUGAAGGAAUCGGCCUCAGACGCUCAAAUAUCUGACGCUAAUGAAGAAGUGACGCAAUCUACAGAGCUGCCGAGAUCGCAGAGUUCUCUUCAGAUGGCGAAGAUGUCUGGAAAUGCAGAACAAGAGCGCAUGCCAAAAGAUGUCACUGAGUCAAAGGACAAAAGCAAAGAGGAAGCUGCGGUGUCAAACCUUGAAAGCAAUCACUCUGAAGAUGGUGAACUGUGUGAGAAAGACAUACUGCAAGUGGAGGAGGAGACUGAGGUAGAAAUCAUAAUAGCAAAAGCAGAGGGUGAACAAAACGAUAAAGAGUCCGUGAACGGGCAAGACAUGAGGUCAGAGGGGCACAAAGGAAGCAGAGGAUCUGAGGACGAAGACAGGGUGCACGAGGGUUUCAUGCAGGACAGCGCUAAGCAAACUGCCUUUUCCAUAACUGAAGUGGAAAGAAUUGCAGAUUCUCAUCAUUCCGUAACCAGCGGAAGACCUGAGAGUGUCCAUGAGAACCAAACGGAGGAGGAAACUACAGAUGUAGGUCCAGAGUUGAACGAUAAACAAACAGCAGUUGAAGAGGUGAAAGAUCUCUUGCCCUCGUCGAAAACAGAUGAGCAGGACGAGCGUACGACAAGUCCAGAGGGGCUCUCCAAAUCGGAUGAACCGAAAGAUAUCAAAGAAACGUGGGCAAAGAGCAAUGACCAAAGUCGAGAAGUGACAGAAAUAACUGAUUUUACGACGUCCAAGUCAGACGACGGAAGCCAGGAGGAGUCCCCCCAUGAAGACAUCCAACACAAACCGUCAGACGAGAGCAUCAGCGGAGAGGGACGAGACAUGCAGCUGAUCCAAGACAUCAAACGCACUCUGAGUAAAGACCGACUGAGCACUUUCUCAGUGGAUGAAACACUGUUCGCGCAAAGUCCAUAUCCUUUGCUGACUGCUGCGAGGACAGAGAGUGGACAUUAGAGCUGCACACUUCAGAGAAGCUCCAAGAGGCCCUCAAAUGUCUUGUGGUUUCUGUGUUUACAUUACAAUGGCUUCUCAAAUCAUCUUCAUCCUUCAAUCACCAAAAAGAAGAAGCUGCACGAGGAGUGUUGACUGCUGCAUAAAAUGUUUACAAUAGACCAUCUCUUCCUAUUGUUGUUACCAAAGAGGCGUAGUUUGUGUGAGAUAUCAAGUGCAGCUGCUAUCACCUAUUACCUGUAAAGAGAUACUCUUCCACUCACGCUCACAAGGUUUUCAAUAAUUCAUAGUUGUUGGGCUAUCAGUUUGUCAGUAAACUACACUUGACAUCUGCACUGAUGUUGCAGUUAGUUUGGCUUCUGUAAUUGCACAGGAUUGUCGUCUUAAUGACAGUUUUAGUAUUUAUUUAGAUGACAUCUAGACAAUAAUGCAGCUGAACAACAGAAAUGCUAACCUUAGCUAAUGUGGAUAGUUAUUUCAUCCUUAGGCGACCAAUUAGUCGAAUAAAACCGUGGCAACAAUGUGAAAUGUUACAUCUAGGCACUGAGUUGUGUCAUUGCUGCUAACACUACCUCUCAUUAAAAGAUGUAACUACUUGUAUUGUCUUUUCACAUGAUUUUUAUGG